GAAAAUGUUGAAAAGGAAAGAACAUGAAAAAGAAACUGUUUCCAUGUUCUUCGUUUGAUUACAACUAUUUAUAGUUAAUGCAGACAAUUACGGGGGAGGUUCACACAUUGGCGACAUGAAACCCAAAUAUACAUGGAUUGGUCUAGACAGGGGGCUCCGGUCAAUUGGUGGAACAGCGAAGUAUUUUGCUUUAACAGUAUGCUGUUAGACGCGAUACACAACGGAGCGAAAACACGUGAAUGUUGGGACCACGGGAGCCGAGAGAGAUUCUGUUUUCAUGGAACAUCUUAGUGGACAGGGGGGUAACCCUCAUUUGCAAAGGGUCUUGAAAAGUUACCAGACUGCUGCUAUGAGAAGUUUACAAGGGCCUGGGCCUACUGUAUUUCCUACGCUACUCUCUGAUAUGGCCGAGUUGGAACGAUACAGAAAGGCACUGGUUAAAAAACUGCCGACAGUAGACAAAAUGGAAUUCGGAUCUUUACGCGCCCCUCCACCGUUUCCCAUUCAGCAUUUCGGACCGGUUUUUACACCUAUGGAUUCUAGUAAAAGCGAGAAAUUAGACACUUAUUUGGAGGACGAAACAAUCGCAUGCUUCAGUGUUGGAGGGGAGAAACGUUUGUGCUUGCCCCAGAUACUGAACACUGUUUUACGUGAGUUUAGUUUGCAACAGAUAAAUGCCGUGUGUGACGAAUUGCAUAUCUAUUGUUCCAGAUGCAACCAAGAGCAACUAGAAAUAUUGAAAGUGACUGGUAUUUUACCACUUAGUGCACCCAGUUGUGGUUUGAUUACAAAGACUGAUGCUGAGCGCCUGUGUAACUCGUUACUUCACAGGUCGUCAGAAAGAUACUCCAAACCACCCUCAAGGGCGAGUUUUAAAGUGUAUCAUGAAUGCUUCGGAAAAUGUAAAGGUAUUUUUCAUCCGGAAAACUACACUUCUGCCAGUGACAGAUGCAUUCAGUGUUGUGACUGCAUGGGAAUUUUCAGUCCACAAAAGUUUGUGGGGCACUCGCAUAAGGCACAAGAAAAUAAUACAUGUCACUGGGGAUUUGAUUCCUCCAAAUGGAGGGCCUAUCUGCUCCUCGCAAAAGAUCAGGAGGGCAAAGACAAGCUGCAAAGGGAUUUGGAGAAAAUGAAAGCGAAAUUUGAUGCUAAUCGCAAAAGACAACAGGUUACCGACUCUUUGAGUGAACCGAAGCGGUCAAAGAGUGAUGAUGGAGAUUAUGUCUCCUGGAGCGAGGCCUCAGGACAGGGAGGGGGAUCAGCAUUCAGACCAUGGUCUCCAGGAAUGAUCAGUGCCAUGAAGGACAGCAAAGGCCUCCCAGAGCCACCCCCAAUCAUGAGAGAAGUGUCUAAUGAGAAUACACCUGCUUACUUACACAGGGGACCUCCAGUAUUGUUAAAUCCAGAGAGAGUUGUCACAGAUGCAGAUACCAAAUCGUAUGAGAGAGGUUUUGCCCCUAAUGUGUCCUUAGCACCUCAUCAACCCAAAAUUAAUGUGGACGAUGUCAGUGACGAUGAAGGGGACACUGUACCAAUUUCUCCAGUAGCCACCUGUAGUAAGCCCGAGUACAAGGAAUGGGACCUACCCAGUGAAUCAGAUGACUCAUCUCAAACUUCUGACGGUGAAGAGAGCAAAUCGCAUGAAGUGUGCAGCACCUUGGAGAAGGAGAUCGAGCUGAUUCACAAAGCACUGGAUGGAAAAGCAGGUUCAUCAAAGGAGGAAAAGGAUGCUUUUUUGCAUGAGUUUUCAAAACUCAGAGUUACCAGUCAGGAACAGCUUAAUACAGCCCAACAGGAAAAAAGAAGACUUAAACAGGAACUUGCAUCAUACAAAGUCUCCAGUAAAGAAAAGAUACAGAAAUUGACUGAGCUAAAUGUUAGUCUAGAGAAAGACAUGGAGCGUGUGCGGAUUGAGUCAGAGUGCCGACUGGAAGAAGCCCAGGAGGAAAAGGACACACUUCGCAAGGAAAUCAAACGCCUACAAGACCAGGAAGAGGCUGAGGCAGCCAAGUACCUGAUGGUAAAUCGAGAACUUCAAACACGUCUCAGGCAGUACGAGGUGGCAUAUGAACAGCUGUACUACGAUUGUUUGUUCUUCCAAGAGGAGCUCAAAAGAAACAGUAUCAUCAUUCCUGAUGUUAUGGCCAAAAAGUUCACAGAACAGUUAGCACCCCUUUCAAAGGUUGCACCCCAGCACUCACCCUCCCAGCGGAACUCUUUGUCCCCUGAGGGGACGACAGUUAGGGUAAAAAAGGAAAGAGACACGUAGCAGAUUACUUGUAGUGUUUCAUUUGAAUUUAAAAUUGAGUGCUGCCAGAAUUAAAGCAACUUCUUAAGGAAAAACAUACUACAAAUACUUGACAAUAGAUUUCUUACUCUCACAGUGAGGAAUUGUUUUGCACAGAUAUCGAUUUGGAACACAGGGUCCAAAUUUCAUUAAAAAAGAAUCAUACGAAGAGAAACUGGCGUUUUUAAAGCUAUAAUUGUUUCUACUUGGAAGUCUCCAUUUUUAAUUUGAUUAUAGAUUAGAUAUCUUGCAGUUGCCAUGCUCAUUGCCAAACCUGAAAUGAAAUCAAAUUCGAUUAACUGUCGCCACUCAGUGUGGUAAAGACAGCAAGGUUCCCCGUAUCUUUGUGGGUGUUUGGAGAAUUUCACAUUACAUAAUCUGUAUUUUUAAUUGAUUUUUCUGGGAUGGUUCUUCCUUAAGGCAUCUUUCUUCCCACAAUUGCAUUAUAUGAAUCAUCCAGUAUUUUUUUCCUUGUAAUUCAUGGCCAUAUACUUCAUUAUUUCUUUAUUUAUAAAGCAAAAUGUCUUAUAAUCCGCAGGGUUUGAUAAUGUGCAUGAUUGAAGUUUCUCCUUAUGGGACUUUGGUGCAUAUUUUCCAUUAGUGUGUAAUUUGUUGUUACUAUGGAUAAUUGAAAUCUUUAUUAUUUUUUUAAGAUAGGAUGGAGCAAGAUGGGAAGUUUAUUUUUUGUCAUGCAGUGUUCAAGCUGAUUUUAGUGCUUUUAGGAAUAGUUUAUUUCAUUUCUAAAGUCUUGUUGAAGUGCUAUAUUUAUAAAUGAUGAUUUUUUCAGUAAUGUCAAAGGAAGUUGUUUUAACUCUGGGCAGGAAUAGACAACUGUGAUUAUAGUGCUGUGAAAAUGUCAUCAUGAUAACUGUAUCAGUAUUGUUUAUAAAGAGGGAUCCGUUUCGGUUAGGCCAAGGACAAUGGAUGCCAAGGCCAAGGACACUUGAUGUCAAGGACACUUGUCAAUGACAAAGCAGUAUGUUCACUGAUGAGGGAUGGAUUUAUAUAUUUUCCAGUGGAUUAUUGUAUACUCUGAAGGAAAAAAUGUUAAAUUUUCUCAAGAAAAUUGCCAAAAUACAGGCUUACCAUCCAGUGUCGUGAAAUAUUUGUAAAUGUAUUAAAAUAGUGGCAAACUGGUGCUUUGGCAAAACUAUAUACAAGAUCCCUGAUAAACUGCUACAUUUAUACUUGCAUAUUAUGUAUUAAACAUGCUUUGUAUAGUGAAAAGAUAAAAAGAUUUCAAUCUUUUAUAGUUUACCUCCUUCAGAAAGGGGAUUAACAUAAUUUCUUAAAAGUGUCAUACCAUAUGUGUGUUACAGUAAUGUAUUUAUGAUUAGAUAAUUGACAUUUUUCAGAAUUUGCAUGCACUCAAGUACAUGUUUCCAAGUUUUCCCUUCCUUGAAAAUCUUUUUCCAUAUAUUAUUGAUGUAAUGUAUUUCAUUGACUAAUUUACAUUUUUUGUAAAUGAUUCAGGAGUGACAGAGCUCAAGGCUGUAUUUUCAAAAUGAAGGGAAAAUGUGAAACUUGAUUUUAUUAUGGUAUAAAAACGAAAAAAGACAAAUGGCAAUUGAAGACCUCUAUUUUAUUGAGCUGACUAUUGUAAAUCUAUUGUGUUUGUACAUUACGGGUCCCCUAUAUCUUUGUAGUUGUCAAGCUUUUUUUGUGGUGCUAUCAUUCAACUACACAUUUCAUUAGAGUAUUCAAAAACAUUUCCAAUACACAUUAAAGACAUGAAAAUCUUUAGGGCUGAAGAGGAGCAGGGUUUAUUUUAAAGUAUUCAUUUCAGGCGGGUAAUGACUGUACAGUCAUAAAUAUAUUUCAAUUUUUGUGCAACGCAUUUGAGAUCUAUUGGUAGAUCAGUGGUCAAAGAUUGUCAGGUACCGGUGAUAUGUUUCAGAGAUGUAAGCAAUGUUGUCAUUGGACAGAUUUUGAAUACACUUUGUGACCCUGUACAAUUCCAUUAGGUCUGGCUGUGUUGUCUUCCACCCUCGUAAAUCAAAAUAUUAUCAUUUAAUUAUUCACAUUUAAUUCAAACUAUCUGAAGAUAUAUAUGUAUAUCUGUGUUUAUGCAUUCAGAAAUUCAUUUUUGUUACAUGUCUGCAUUCACAUUCAUUGAUGUCCAUUAUUUUACUGUGUAAUGAAUUAUAAGAGGAAGUACAGGAGUUAACUCCCUUUUGGCAGCAGCAACUGAAGCAAAUUAAUGGCUCUUUCCAACAGAGGCAGCAUAUAUUAUCUGCUGUAAAAUCAGAGAUCAAGAAAUAUACACGGGAAGAGCUGCAUUUAUUGUUCAGAUUUUUUGUAUAUAUAUUGGAGGAAAAAAUACAUCUUUGAUAAAUGCUCCACUUUAUGAUGUAGGCUAUUUCAGAUAUUAUUUCUAGUGAAAUGAUGGAUGGAGUGUAGAGCUGAUUAUAAACUGGGACAUUUAUCAUUAAAAGGUGCUCAUUUAAGUGCAAUCUAACUAUGAGGAGUAACUACAGUUCUCCUACAGUUAGACAGAGGCCUGUACUACACUAAGGGCAAAAACUCUUGUGAUAUAUAUUUUUCAUUGUGGUCAGUUUGUUCAUCUCUUCAUUAGACUUUUUCAAAAUAAUUCCAUAGACUAUUUAAUAGUUUACAUUUUUAGAGUUCAGAUUGACUUUAUGUACAUUUAGACACUGUAUUGUAUCACUGUACAUCUUGAUUACAUAUUAAAUGUUAGUAUAUACCAUUACGUAUUGUGAAGAAUCUUCUCUGGCCAGUAUACUGAAAUUCACUUUAAAUAAAGAUAAGUAUACACUCUUGGUACAAAAUUAAUAUAUUUUUGAAAUUUUGGUUGAUCUUGUAUGAUAGAAUUAAGUAUUUAGUUUGAAAAUUUUACAGGCUAAUAAAUUUUCAGUGUUGUCCACAUUAAGGAUGUACAAGUUGUUAUCUGUCUGUUGUCAUGUGAGUGUGGUAUCUACUGCUACCUUAUGACUUCUUUGAGAACUUUUCUUAAGUAGAAAUAAUACAGCUUUAGACCCCCCCCCCCCCUAGUAAGUGUCUGUAAUUGUGAUUUUAUCUUACAUGUGUUACAUAGUUUGUGUAUAUGUGUGGGGUUUUUUCCUUCUUCUUUCUUGUUUCCGUUUCCGUUUCAUUUAUUCAGUAGGUAGUGAUCACUGUUUUGUUCAGAAGUCAGACACUCCCACUUUCCUGGGAGAAUUCAGUCACUUUAUAUUCUUCUGUUUUACUCUUCUGUUAUUUCCACUCUAUAAAUGGCCAGUGUACUGUAUGAACAAAAUAAAUGUAUAUGAUAUGUUCAGUUGUUAGAGAAAUGGAGAAACAUAAUUUUUGUAACAUGUAAGGCUGUGUACACUUGCUUUGGUUAUACAGUAGAAAUACUUUGUUGGAUUUUUUUUUUUCAUGUAUCAUUGUGCAUGUAAAAUAUGUUUGAACUAUCAUAUCAAAAUUUGGGCAUUUUCUAUACAUGUAUUACAGCAUACCUCAUUGGAUGUAUAUAUUGUUUCCAGAUCAUUUCUCUGUUGUUAUAAAAUUAAAUUCAACUUCAUUCAUGAAAUAUCUCAGAAUUCUGAAAGGAUAUUAAUUCAUUUCCAUCUGUCGUUCACUGACCGAGUGCAAGGUUGUGAUUCCUGUCAUAUUUUGUUUCAACACAACACAGAUUCGGAUCAAACACAACAGUCAUCGCGUUAGAGUUAUGUUCUUAUGUUACUAUUUCAUUAUUAUAGUAAAACACUGUAUUUGCUGUAAUAUAUUUGGAUCUGCAGUUGUGGAGUAAAAAAUGUCUGCUUUGCUGUUUUGCAGAAUUAGUGUAAAAAAAAAAAGAUGUGCACUUAAUAAUUUACCUUGUUCAAAUCUGUUGUGUAAAGACUGAUCAUAAGGAUUUUUCAAAAGGGUUUUUUAUUAUUUAAAAGAAUUCACUGUUAGUAGUUUUUGUUACCCGGUGUAAAAUGAUGAAUGGCAAAACAAUACAAGGAUGAUCUUGUAUUUGUUUCUCUUCUAAAAAAAAAAAUUCUGGCACUAGUUUGGAAAUUUUUACUUAUUAUCUUUAAAGUACAAAAUAUGUACAAGAAAAACAUGUCAAUUAAAUUUUAUAGAUUUGAUUUCAUUAACCUGUUUUUACAUUGUUUAAGAAGCAUUGCGCCUAUUUGAUUUUAAAUACAUGUUUAAAUUUUGUAUUUAUUCAACGCAUAGGGCAGAUUUGAACAUUAUUUCUUCUUUAAGCAUGUUGAAUUUGGUGUAUAUGACUAUACUAUUAUGUUAUAUUAGUUGUUCAGACCUGCCUUUGCUUUUUAGAGGAGCACUCUUCUUGUUCACCAGGUUUUUAUUUUUGUUGACAGUUCAUUACCAUGACUGAGCAAUUAAAAUGUCUGUUAUAUUGUG